AAUGCUCCACCCAGAUGGUUUCAUAAUUCAAUGAAUUUUUCACAGAAAGCACAACUGAAAAAGGAAAUCCAAAAAGAGAAAAUGCAUCGGUUGGAUAUAGAAACAUGGCUCAGGGAGGUAUGGAGAGAGAGCCAGCAUUGCAAGAUGCGUUUAGCAAAUCUGCAAGAUGAUUUCCAAAAGAUGGAAGAAAUGGUUACGAAUAUGCUACAAUUCAAGUCUCGUGUGGACCAGUUGAAGCAUGAGAAAUCAUCUCUUGCUUUAGCAUAUGAGAGUAAAAUCAGGAAUUACCAGACCUGCCUGACUUCUAUGGAGAAAGAAAAUGUUUUGCUUUUGAAUGAGCUUUGUCGCUUGAAAGCAUCAUAUAAAGACCAAGAGUAUCAGAAAAAGCAGUCUUUGUAUCAGAUUGUGCUCGAAAGGGCCAGACUUCUCGAACAACAAAAUGCUGCUUUGUUGAUAGAGAAUGAACAACAGCAGUUUCAGUUUGAAAACUGCUUCGAUGAUAUUGUAAGCCAGGUUGUACAAACACUAUUAGCACAGAAGGGUUUACGAGAGGAAUACAGAAAGUUGCAGCAAAGAAUUGUGGAUCUAGAACAGCAGAACAAAGUUUUGGAUGCCAUUUUUAGAAAGCAAGUUCUCUACUCUGCAGACCUCUUUUCUAAGUCUGGACCACAUCAUCAAGGUCCUAGUCAGCAGUCAAGUUUUAACUCACCAACCCACACUAGUCAGUCCGAAGACAGUACGGAUUCCUUGGCCAGUCUCUGCAGUGAUUACUCAAUCGGCAGUCGAAGUAGUGAAGGAAAUGUUAUUUCACAUCCAGGACUCCCCAAAAUGAGCUCUCCUCCCCAGUGGCUUCGAGAUCAUCCUUCUAUGCCAAGAUACAGUUCCAGGCAACCAAUCCCAAAGUCAGAUAUUUCAGCCAAAACGUUUUUGACUAAUACAUCUUAUGAAUUUUAUAGAUCAAGUAUGAUGAAACGAUGGGCUGACCUUAUUCCUCGGCCAACAGAUCAAGAAUGUUACAGCAAAGAUGAAAUAUUUAAUUAUGCCACACAGGCAGAAAAGCUAGAAAACAAUAAAUUUAAACCUCAAGAUACCCAGAGUUGUUUAGAAAGUAAGGUCUUGAAAGGAAUAAGAAGAGACUUGGCAAGUUGUAAAGUUGCAGUAGGGCAACAAGAAUAUAGUAAAAAAAGUCAAAGACAGCCAUCUGAUAUUCUAGGUUUUCAUACCAUUGAGAACCCCAGUGAGCACCGAGACAAUUUUCCCUGUGAAUCAGUUUUCCAGAAGUUAUUAACUCCAACAGAAUAUAACACAAAGUAUAUAUAUCAUGUUAAUCAGUAUGGACAAACAACUACAACUCAAAAUACAGCAACUUAUUGCAAGCCUCUGGUAAGCAGGAAUUCUUCUUGCAUUUCACAGCAGAAUCAGAACACUUACUCUGCCUUUCCAAAAGUGUCAUCACAAACUGACAUCUGUUGGUCAGAGGCUAGCAAUCCACUUUCCACGACCCUAGAUAUUGUUCCUCAGGAUCACUCUCAAGCCUCACACAGUGUUAGCUUUCCUACCUUAAACAUGGUUCCUUCUGGUCACCAUGAAGUCUCACACAGUGUUAGCUUCCCUGAGACUAGCAUUCCAUGUCCCACAACCCUAAACAUGGUUCCUCCUGGUCAUCAUGAAGCCUCACACAGUGUUAGCUUCCCUGAGACUAGCAUUCCAUGUCCCACAACCCUAAACAUGGUUCCUCCUGGUCAUCAUGAAGCCUCACACAGUGUUAGCUUCCCUGCAUUGGAACAUAAACUCCACAACACUUGUGAAAAAGUAGAUCUGCCCUCGUUUAUAACAAACAAAUCAAGAGUUCCUGAAAGUCCAAAACAUUCAGUUUCUCCGGGUAAAAACAGUCUUCUUGAAAAUUGGUACACAGAUGAGUAUAGCUCAAAGCUAAACUCCUUAGGUGAAGAGUACACUAACACUGUUAUUCGAAGAGGACAUAGAACAACCGAAGUAAAUAAGUGGUGCACUAAACGUGAUGAUUUACAAACUUUUGUUACUUCAGCAACAAAAGCACAAGUUCAUUCACACCUUACACAUAAUUCUCCCUCUCUAACUCUCCAGUCCAUGAAAGAAUGCUCGGAAGCUGGUGAAAUUUUGAAACAUUCAACUUCGGAUGUUUCCGAAGGAAUCCAUCAUCCAGCUUUGACCAAGAAGUUAUCACAAGUUCAAGAACAUAGUGGUAAAGAUGAAGGAUAUUCCACCAUGUCCAGCUAUACACAGACAGAUGUAAACAUACCCAGUAUUGAUCCUGAGGUGAAUGAUACCUUUAAGUUAAAGUCAGAAUUAAUUCUGCCUGAGCAUUUAAUCAGUGGGGUUGAUGUAGAUCCUCUAAUGGUGUCAUCGUCUGACAGUGGUUUGGGGUUGCCCCAAGGACUUCAAGAUCAGAGGCUUUCAUUUCAGAAUAGUGAUGAUGGAUGUGUGUGCUUGGAUCAAAACAUGGAUGGUGUGCUGAUUCCGGGUGGAAAUUCAGUGUCUCUCUUGGAUACAAAGCCAUCAGUUAGCAUCUCUCCUACCUCAAAUAGUAGCGAUAAAGAAGGAAAAGUUCAUUUAGACAACAGUGUAAUGGACACAUCGUCUACAGGGCAAUUCCCAUUUUUCUGUGAAACAGGAAAGAAAGACUCACCUUCAACUUAUCAACUAAGCAUAUACCCUAGCUAUGAUAAAAUCUUAACUCUACUUACUCCUCAGGGAUACAAAGCAGGACGAAAUGACAUGAGAAGGAUUACUCUUCCAGCCCUUCGGUUACCCCAUAUGUGUAAAAUUGAAACUGCGGAGAAGUCUACUUCAGUUGAAUCGAAAUACCUUGGUAUUGACAGCAGUCUCUCUUUGUCUCCUGUUAAGCCCAAAGCACUGAAGGAAUUGGUGUUGAAAAGUGGAAAGAGGCAAGUACAUAGAGAGACUCAGGUAGAAUUUCAUAUGCCCUCUGGUGCCAAUUCUCUUUUCAAAACAAAAUUCAGUUACAGAAAGCAAAUGGAAGCAGCCCAUGUUUCUAGUUUAGAAGCUGAACCUGCCAUAAAGAAAUGUAUCAAAGACAAUACUUAUCAGGACAUAACUUUAUUGCACUCCAUUUGUAAGUUUUGCCAAAGAUGCAUUAGUUGUAAACCUUGUCAAAGCUCCAUGAAGUCAACAAACCUACCUGUUGUAGACACUUUCACUAUAAGACGGGUCAUUUCUGACUCCUGUCUAUAUGUUAAGAAACAAAGAAAGUACAUAGUUAAUGAUCUUAUAAAGUUAUCUUCAAAUGAUGAUCAGCGACUAAACCUUCAGCCGUUGAUGCAACACUCAUCUGCUCACGAUCUUGCUCAUACAGCCGUUAUUGCUUCAUCAAGUUACAUUCCAGGACUAUGGCAGAGCCCACAUCAAGUUUUGGUGAACCAAAGACAGGGUCAUACGAACUGUAACAGCUGUUCAAAUAAAACAAUUGGACAAAGAUGGCCAUUUGCAGAACCAGAAAAUAGCAUGUCUUUGAUCUCCGACCAGUCCUCAGUUUCAGAAUGUUCUAGUAGUGAACUUGGUGCUACAAGUUUAAAGUGUUUGAAAGAUGUAUAUGAUGAAGAAGAAAUUGGCAACUGGACUUUUCAGCUGUCAUUGGAGGAUGUUAAUCAACCCACCAAAAGUUUCUGUGAUAGAUGGGAUCCCGCUCCUGUUGUCCACCAACCAUGCAGUCAUCACAUAGGGAAAAUUCAAGAGGAGAGAAUGACAGUAGAGGAUUAUCAGGAGGAGUUGUGUAACCAAGCUCUUUGGACAAGUGGUGUUGUCCAGCAAACAAUCACUAACUCGUUAGAUGAGCCAAAACAAGACAACAAUUCUGAAAUAUCUCAAAAUUGGAAAAAUAAAGAAAGUUCUAAUGAUAUAAGUGGUUCACUUUGUAAUAAUAAUAUUAAAAGUGGUACAGAUCUAAAGUCUAGAGCAUUGUUUAACAAACAGAAAGAUGAAGAACAUUCCUUAGAGUUGUAUCCAAAUACUGCAGUUUCUGCCCUGUCUGUUGUUUACUCUUCUGAUAGUCUUCAGAACCAAGAAGAUAUUGUUACCAAGAAAUCAAGAGAGCCUGAAGAUAAUAUUUUUGAAAAUGAUAAAAGUGCUUCAAAUAAGGGAAACACACACCAAACACUGCAAGUUGACACAACAGAAUUCAAUCGAGACUUUUAUCGACUUUGUCCAUCGGACUCCCCUAAAAGUUUGAAUGAUUCACCAAAGAGCAUGGCAAAACUGGAACCAGUUAAUACAGAAUUGGAAGACAAAUCUUCAUCUAAUCUACCAUUACAGGAACAGUCCAGGAAAGAUUCAAAUUCAAGAAGUUUACUAGAAUCUGAAUCAGUGAACUCAGAACUGGUGAAAAAAUAUCCUUCAAAUCUGCCAUUAAAGAAACAGCCCACGGAAGAUUCAAAGAAUUGUUUAACAAGCUUACUAGAAGCUGAGCCAAUCUAUUACUCAUGUCAAAUGAGCAAAUCUAUAUCGAAUAUAUCAUUGUCACAAGAAAAAGCUAAUAAAAAACUUGAUUAUUCCUCAAAAAAUGUACUUGAAGUUGAAUCCUAUUCAGUACAGAAGGAUAAAACUUUAACAAAUCUGUCAUUAUCAGAACAACCCAUUAAAACAUUUAAUGAUUCUAUAAAAAAUGUACUUGAAGAUGAAUCAUUGAAUCCUUCAGAAGUGGUGUAUAACUCUCCAACAAACUUCUUGUUGUUGCAGGAACAGUUUGCCAAUGAUGUACAUGAUUCUUCAUUGUGUUUAUUAGAAUCUAAAUCAAAGAGCUUGCAACAAGAAGAUGUUUUUUUUAUGGAAGUCUUAGAAAAUCAGUUGAUUAAAGCUUCAAAUGAUUUUCCAGAAGUUGAAUCAGAACAGAAAGAUGAAUCAUUGCAACCUUUACCUCUUUUACAGGAACAAUCCAUCAGAGUUCCAGUUGAUAAUCAAAACAAUGAACCGAGAUCUGAAUCAAUUAUCUUUUUAGACUCUGAAUCCGUUAUUUCUUUAGAAUCUAAAGAAGAAUCUUUUCCAAACACUGCUUUAUUACAGGAACAACCAACUAAUGAUCUCAUUGAUACUUUAAAGAGUUUACCAGGAUAUGAAUCAGUUACCUCUUCAGGACCCAAAGAAGAAUCUCUUCCAACCACUGCUUUAUUACAGGAAAAAUCCACUAAAGAUCUAGUUGAUAAUCGAAACAGUGGACCAGGAUUUGAAUCAGUUAUCUCUUCAGAACCCAAAGAAGAAUCUCUUCCAACAAGUGCUUUAUUACAGGAACAAUCCACUGAAGAUCCAGUUGAUACUUUAAAGAGUUUACCAGGAUAUGAAUCAGUUACCUCUUCAGGACCCAAAAAAGAAUCUCUUCGAACCACUGCUUUGUUACAGAAACAAUCCACUAAAGGUCUAAGUGAGUUUCUCCAUAGUUUUUCAGAAGCUGAACCAAUUGAAUCUUCAGGACAAAAAGAAAUUUCUACAACAAAUUAUUUAUCUUCACAAGAACAGAUCUCACACCCUGUGGAGAGUUUCUCAAGAUAUGAACCAGUGAUAACUUCAAAACAAGAAAUUCAUUCUUCAACAAAUUCAUCAAUAUUACAAAAAAGUAAACUAAAAAAUCUUAAUGAAUCUCUUGAGGAAUUACCAAAAUCUGAACCAAUAAAUGUUUCUAGACAAGAUAACAAUAUUAUAAAAAUUCUUCGAUUAUAUCAUGGACAAUCUAUUAAAACACCUAGUGCUUCUUCUAAAAAGCUGCACAAAUGUGAACCAAUUCACACUUCUCAACAGGUGUUAAAAAGUUUUAAUAAAUCUACAAAAUGGUUACUGAAACCUGAAUCACCUCUGUGUUUGGGGAAACACAGAAAAUCAACGACUUCAUCGUUAUUACAAGAACAAUGUUAUCUUGAAAGGUCAGAUGGGCAACAUCAAAACACAGAGGGAGAAAGUUUGUGUACUAUGAGUGUUCUACAACAGGCAGGUAAACCAAAAACCAGUAGAAAUAAACCAGAUAAAACAAAUGUAAAAAAAUCAGGUCUCGUAGCAGUUCUGUCCCAGAACAAAGAAUCUAAAAUUUUUUACCAUAAAGAACUAAUAUUACAUCAGGAUAAAAGAAAAAGUGAUAAGGAGCAAAGUUUCACAAAAAAGUCAGCUUUAAAAACACAAGAAGCAAGGAAAAGUCAUUACUUUUCAAAGGAGGAAAAGAAAUGGCAAAAAUGUGCACAUUCAAAAGGAAAUUUUACACAAGAUGUUUCCAACAAACUUUACAAGGUCCCUAACCGAAAAUCCAGAAGUAGAGGUGUGCAUAAGAGUUCUGAUUCCCAAAGUUCUCUAGGUAAAGAAAAGCUACAUAGGUAUGAUAAAACUAAGAUGUCAGUUAUGGCAAACAGCCCAACCUAUAAAGAACUCACUAGUCGUUCUUCAAAACCAGAUGUUAAUAAAAGACAGUUGGUUAAAGGAAAAGAAUAUACUCUUAAGAAGCCCCAAUCUUCACACCGAGUAUUAAGACAAGUCAGACAACCACAUUUGAGUAGCCAUGUACAAACAGGUAGCAGUCCAGAUAGUAGAAGAUCUGGCUGGAAAUCUCACUGUGAGUUAUCACAGGAUAAAAGAACAAGCAAAAGAAAUAAAACAAGGGACAUGAAACAGCAAUAUAGCAAACAGGAGAUGGAAAAUGGAAAUUUUGGAGAUAAAGAAAAAGAAAAAAGAAAGUUUAAUCUACACAAAAACCCAUUAACACCAAAGAGUGUACUGUCAUCUAACAUAGAUGCUGCUAUUAAUAACAGUGACUUAUCAGUAGGAGACAAAAUUCAGCAUUUAAAUUCUCUUCAUGAACAGAGUGAAAAGGAAUGGACAUUUCUUAUUCCUCAUUUAAAGCAAAGAAUAAAGCCCGUUGGAGAGCAGUCAAAUUUAGAUAAAACAUUUUCUACUAGUAGAAGAGAAUCAGUAUGUGAUGAUGAAUGUGAAAUUAAAGAAGGGUGUGGUACAUCCUGGAUUCAUGUAGAAACCAACAUUGAUCUGAGUGAUCCCGAGGAAAGAGCAAAUCUGUUGGAUUCAAUGAUGGCAACCACGAGCAACAGCAGUGAUGAAGAAGAUGGCAAUGAAGUUCAGGAAUAUCAACAUAAUCAACGACUACAUGCUUUGCACAGAUUUCGUAGACAAAAAAAACGAGCCUCAGACAGAGAUGCUGCAAUAGGGUUUUUGCCCAGAAUCAGGGCAUCAGUUAUAAACUAUCAUGACUUUUUUUACCGAUUUGGGGAGAAAGAAAGAGAAGCUGUUGCUUGUUUUGACUUUUUGAAUGACUUCUCCACCUCUCCGAGCGACGUGGGAUCAUGUGAAGUUUUGAAUGAAGACAAGAGAUUACUAACUCCGGUUGUUGACAAUAAUAACACAAUCACGGUGCAAGAAGUAGAAAAAACAUCCAACAUUUUACAUGCUUUUGAUCUGUCAAUGUCCAGUUAUGCUCCUCUCGAUCAUUUGAAUUUGGAAAGCACUUUGAUGUAUGGAAACAGGAGGCUGACCGAGAACUGCCUGUCAUCUUUGACUUUACUGUCUCAAGAUGGAGAGUCUGUGGACCACAUUUCCUUCAGUGACUCAUGUGCUGAGAGUUACUCUUCUUCAACUCACAGUCUCAAUCAGAUAAGCUAAACUGGUCAUACAUGUCCUCAUUAAUGGUUGAAAGAUUUGGACUGAAAUGGUCAUAAUUUCCUCUUCAUUGAUUGAUGAUUUGAACUGUUGAUCUCCUCAGCUAUGAUGAAUAUAUGUAUAGUGUAUAAAAAUAUUAAAUCCUGGUGAAUAACUUGUACAUUUCUUUUCAGUAGGAUUUUCUUUGUGAAUUUCUUCCUACAAGAGUAAAGGGAAUUGUAUGAAGUACAAAAUAUAUUGAGUGUUUAUUACACUUCUGACGUGCUUUCAACUAAUAAUGACACUUGUAAAUAUGAUGUGAACUAAAACUGAUGCUGUAAAGAUACUUGCAGGUUAUUUAUAGCUAUUUAAUUAACUAUUAUAACUAGUAAGUUAGUGGUAUAUAUGCAUAUGUUGACAUAUCUGUAUAGAACACAUUGAAGUUUAUCUGUAAGAAAUAUGUUUUGUUGUUUAUGAAAUUCUACAUGCUACUUAAAUAUUUUUUUUCAAAUUUGCUACAGUUGUAAUAAUAGUUUGGCUGCAUUAAUUUAAGAGUUUUCAUACUAUUUCAACAGAAACAUGCUUUUGUUAUUCUGUUUCUUAAUGAAUCUUUAAAAAAAUUAGUGACAAUUGAAAAGGUACUUAUGCUUACUUGCUGGUUUCAUGUCUCACAUUUUGAUAUCAAAGCUUAUGACAAGUAAGUAAAUUUGAACUGUACAUGUAAUAUGUAAAAGUUAGUUCAGAAUUAUGUGUAUAUGGUCUAUUAAUAUGAA